UAUGCACUAAAGUAUUCAUAUAUUAGGAAAUAAUAGUAAUUUGGUACUAAAUUCGGUCCGUUGGCAUAUAAUAUGGCAUUUAAUAGCAUUCCUUUUUCAAAUUUGACUUAAUUUCUAUUAACUUUGUAUUUUCAUGAUU